AACCUGCCGUUAAACAAGCCAGGUAAGUGGCUCUACUCUCUAGCCGCCUGUUGCGUUGUUUGUACCUGCAGAAAGAAACUCGCUGCAGACAUGACAUACUAUCAGUAGUGGAGGAAGGGCCGAUGCGGGCGUGAACCUGAAGGCUGGAACGACUUGACUCUGCCAAGCCAGUGCGCUGCUCUCAGCUUGAGUUGCCGCCGGCCUGGUCCUCAGCCACUACCAACUCUCUGCGACGUACCUUAUCCUUUACCACCACUUCAUCCUUCUGUGCCUACCAUCAUCUCGUUCUUACACUUUUACCCCGUCGCCUACAUUCUGGGACACGUCUCUAAUCCUUCUGAGAUCAGGCCGACCUUCACAGACUCUCACAUACUAGUACUUCUCGCCUGCGAACCCCGCUUCUUGACGCAGCCAUGUCUUCCAGCAAGCCGUUGACACUGUCGAGUUCUGACGGUGAAGAGAUUGUCGUUGAUCGGGAUGUCGCCGAAAGAUCGAUCCUCAUCAAGAACAUGGUCGGUGAUCUCGGUGAAGAGGCCAUGGAAGAACCUAUUCCUAUUCCCAAUGUCAACGCCGCAGUCCUUAAGAAAGUGAUCGAAUGGUGCACUCACCACAAGAACGACCCACCCUCCACCAACGAAGAUGACUCGGACUCUCGCAAGAAAUCCACAGACAUUGACGAAUGGGACCAAAAGUUCAUGCAAGUCGACCAAGAGAUGCUCUUUGAAAUCAUUCUAGCUGCCAACUACCUCGAUAUCAAGGCCCUACUAGAUGUCGGCUGCAAGACCGUGGCCAACAUGAUCAAGGGGAAGUCGCCAGAAGAAAUCCGAAAGACGUUCAACAUUCAAAACGACUUCACUCCGGAGGAAGAAGACCAGAUCAGGCGCGAGAAUGAAUGGGCCGAAGACCGCUGAAGACAUCCGACAAUGCGUAGCUUCAAAAACAGUCAUGGUGUGGCGUUGCGGUGAAUGAUGAUGACCUCAGCACGGGCUAUGGGAAUGGAGUUCGGUUGGUAGUGAUUUAUCCUGCUGGGCCCAAGAAAGUGCUUUUUAGUUGCAUGCAUGCUCAAAUACGACAAGACUCGAAUCCUGUGCGCCGGGACGCAGGCCGAUAACAGCAAUCAAACUAUCGGUCCACACGAGGAGCAGUGCUAUGAUUAUAUGAUUGCAGACCACAUUGUACGAGGGAAGGCCCUACAUCAGUCAUGGUCUCGAGUCUCGGCAGAGAACUCACAGAUACUAGUAGUGAAACAAUCGGAGUCAUGCGAGCGAACAGAUUUUGGAGAUCCAAAAAACUGACAGGGAAACUUGCUGUGCACGUAACAAGCACAUUCUGUGAAUGAUUCAGGAUUUGGAAUAUUGCUGCUCCUUUUCGUACUGAUUGAUUCUCGCGGCAGUGAGUUACGGUAACAGAUGCUCUUCCGCUCACAAUCAAGGAUCCCAUUUUUGGAGAGUAUUCAGGAAUCGGAACUGAAGAAAAAUGAAUCGGCAUUCGUUUCAUGUCAU